UCUCCUCCCCUAUGAGAUAUAUAUCAUUGCGGCUCUAAUAGGACCUGUUUUUGUCAGUUAAAGCACAUUAAGCAGUUACACAAACAAGUCUGUGACUGAGCUACAGAAUUGUAUUGGGCAGCUGUGGUUUUCAAAUACAGCAAGAUCUGCAAGAAAUAAUCUAGAAAAUUAAUAAGAUCUUACUUGAAAUUGGAAGUCUGAAUUAACUGAAUAUGGUGCACUCCUAUUAUCUAGUAUAUGUUCCCAUUCUAUGGCUUUCUCUUCAACUAGUAUGCAAAGUAUCAAUGAUUUCUCAAGAUGAAGACAUUGCUCCAUUACCUACAAAUCUGAAAGUAGCUAUUAAUCCUGGACUCAUCAAUGUUACCUGGGACUGUAACAUUACAAAGUCUAUGGAGAACUACACAUAUGAGAUUAAAGUUUAUUUUGUUAGUCAAGAUUAUAUUAGUCAAACGUUGGAUGUACGUAAAUGUUUCUUUGAAUACAAUAUUAUCAACAAUAAUGAAUUUGUACUACACAAAGGAGUAUGUAUAGAUAUAUCAACUAAGAAAGAAGGCACAAAUGUGAAAAAUGAUUGUACAGGAAUAAAGUUGACUCCUGAAGGGGGGAAAAAUACUGCUGCUGAAAACAUAUCCUGUGUGGUUUAUAAUGUGCCUAUCAUGAACUGUUCAUGGAGUGUUGGAAAAGAAGCUCCAGAAGAUACUCAAUAUUCUAUGGAUAUCAGGCAGACGAAAGUGGAUUUAAAGUGCCAAAACUACAGGAAGGAUUCCAUUGGGAGACAAGUGGGAUGUCUUUUGAAAUGUGAAGGCAUCAUUGAUUUAAAACAUGACGUUUACAUACAAGUGGUAGGAUCAAGCAAUCAAACUUCAGUGCGGUUCACGGACAAAAUUAUUAAGCCUAUAGAUUAUGUUAUUUUAGAUCCUCCAAGAAAUAUUCAGCUGAGCUAUAAUUCAAAUGAACUUGAAGUUAACUGGGAGAAGCCAAAUACAUACAGCAAUCAUAAUUGUUUUCUAUACAAUAUUUACAUCAAGGAAAAAGGGGGUUUGGAUCCAAUCAUAGAACAUGGAACUGUUUAUAAAACCAGUCGGUUUUAUUCAAAUGAAAAAGUUACUUUAACCAUGAGAGUAAAAUGGCAUAAAGUCUGUUCUAAACAGACAGAGUGGAGCAGAUGGAGUGAACCACAGAUAAUAGGGUCUGAUCCUACAAGGUCUGAGUUUACACAAAACCACCUUUUGAUUGUACUGGGAAUUGGCACAGCUGUUGUCCUAAUUCUUAUGGUAUUUCUAUGCCACAGGUUCAGAAUAUGGACAAAGUUAUUUCCACAAGUGCCAAAGCCAGCAAUCAAAAUAUUUGAAAAAGUUGACCAAAAAGAAAUAAAGGUUCAGAAAUUUCCUACACAUGAUAUUCCUUUUAUGAAACAAGACGAAGAAGAGUGUGUUUGCUCAUAUAUAACUGAAAUAUCACCAUAACUCCAAUCUGAAAGUGUUACAAAAAUACAGGACUGUGACUUGCAAAAUAAGAAGCAAGUGUUUGAUAUACAGUAUAAUAGUGUACUAAAUCAAAUAUCUCCAUCUUCUACUGACUUCAUCACCAACAAGACUGAACUACAGCUGGUGCGACCAGGCCAUCAUUCUGUUCUUUUGCGUGAAGGGCCCAAAUGGCUAGAAUAUCAUCUCUGGACACUUGCCCAAGUUUUGCUGUGGUGCCCGGUAAUGCACUGCUCAUUUAAUUUAGGCGUUUAUAUAUAUAUAUAUAUAUAUAUAUAUAUAUAUAUAAUGUGUGUUCAGUUUACUGAGCAAUUGGGGAUUGUUUAUAUUAUAAGGGUAUCAUUCCGAGUUGAUCGCUCGCUAGCUGUUUUUAGCAGCCGUGCGAACGCAUAGUCGCCGCCCACUGGGGAGUAUAUUUUAACUUUAAGUGUGCGAACGCCUGUGCAGCCGAGCAGUACAAAAACAGUUUGUGCAGUUUCUGAGUAGGUUUGAACUUACUCAUCCGCUGCCAUCACUUCAGCCUGUCCGGUCCCGGAAUUGACGUCAGACACCCGCCCUGCAAAUGCCUGGACACGCCUGCGUUUUUCCAACCACUGCCUGAAAACGGUCAGUUGACACCCAUAAACGCCUUCUUCCUGUCAAUCUUCUUGCGAUCGGCUGUGCGAAUGGAUUUUUCAUUAAAUCCAUCGCCCAGCAACGAUCCGCUUUGUACCCGUAAAACGCGCCUGCACAUUGCGCAGUAGUGACCUGAUCGCUGCGCUGCGAAAAACGGCGGUGUGCGAUCAGGUCGGAAUGACCCCCAAAGUACAAUACUGCCAAUGUGCAAAAACCCAUGGUAUCUGAUCCUAUGGCAAAACGUACUAAAUAUUUUGCACAAUUAAAUGAAAUACCUGCAUUUCCAUAUAUUUAUUAUGUAUAAUACAGUAUACUGAAUUAUAUACUGUAUCUAACUUCACUUUUAAACAUACAGCAGCUGCA